AUGGAAGUAGAUCUCUGCUCUCACCUAAAGUUUAAUGGUGAAAAGUUCUACUGGGACAGCACAAUAACUGAUUUAAAGGUUUUUGUGUCAUGCGAUUUAAAACUUACGGGAAGAUGGUCAUCACCUGGUGGCGAAGUUAAAACAUUUACUAGUGAUACACUAGUCCUAAAAUGGCAUGGUAAGACCAACAAAUGGAUAACGUUAUCUGGAAGUUCGACUGAGGUAAGUGAACUAUCUCAGACACUUCAAUCAUUGUGCAAGAAAGCCGAAGAAAACCAAGCCGCCAUUGUUGAAAUUCAUCAGACCCUGCCGACUAAUAACGGUAAAGAAAAACCGAGUGUUCAUCUUGCCGCACCUACCGAAAACCAAACCGAAUAUUCUGUACGAUCUAAUAAUGAUGACAAGUCCUAUGAAGAUAAUUUUGCUAGCAUCGAGAAUCAACUUAAAACCCUGGAGUCAAAAUUUUUGGAUAAAACGCUAAGUCUUGCUAAUGAUUUAAACAAUCUAAAAAAAUACUGCUUAAACAAUGAAGUUGAAGGUAUGAAUAUAUUAAGACAAGAGAACGCAAGUCUUAAAGUAGAAAACGAAGCCUUAAAGGAUAGCCUUUAUACGGCCAAAUUUGCUUUAUCUGAUUUGAAUACGAAAGUUAAAGAUCUCGAACAUGAAAAAGCUAGCUUAACUACGACGUUGAAGAUCUUAUAUACAGAUUUUCAUCAAGCCCAUGAAGCUCGCUUCAAACAACAAGAUCCGCCCAUUGUAGUUGAUAACAAUAACCAUGCAAAUGAUGAAUCACCGAGUUCAAUAGCUGAGAGAGAUGUUGGUAAUUGCUUAAGUCAUACAGCUGAUGAAAUUAUCCUUAUUCCCGAUGACCAGCCUAAUGCUGAUAACAAAGUCUGCCCAACAAUGCAAAAAAGAUCUAAGUCUGGUAAAGUAAAAGCCAAGCCUAAAUCUCAGAAAGAUAAUGAAAUAAAUCGGGUCGAGCAGCAGUCAUCAAAGCAAAAUUCAAAUGCUCAACGCAGCGAUAAAAGUCAGUCACCCAAGAAAAAAGUCACUGCCGUACUCGGGGACUCAAUUAUUAAAAAUCUUCAAGGCUGGCGACUUUCAGAUGACAAUAAUCACGUUGUAGUCAAAAGUUUUGCAGAAGCCAACUGUACUGAUAUGGAAGACUACUUGAAACCUGUAGUUCGAAAAGAACCCGAGAACAUAAUUCUCCAUGUUGGAACAAACGAUCUAAAUAAAAGUGCCUCGCCAGAUCAAAUAGCACAGGGAAUUAUCAACUUGGGAAUCCAGAUAAAUCAGGACUCCCCUCAAACAAGCAUUACUAUAUCAGAAAUUUUACCUCGAACGGACAAGUCAAAUCUACUAAUCAAAGCUAAUCAAGUCAAUGACAUCGUGAAAAAGUAUUGCGACCAAAAUAAAUGGGGCUAUAUUAACCAUAAAGCCAAUAAUGCAACCUGUCUGAAUUCAAAAGGACUCCACUUGAACAAGAAAGGUACUGCCAUUAUUGCUAAAUCAAUCUCUUCUUAUAUUAUUAAUCAUUGA